UCAAGCAAGGGAGAAUGUUUGAAAUGGAUGAAUGGAAAAGGUAUUCCAACUCCCUCAAGUCAACUCCCAGAGCCUAACCUAUUGUAGAGGGGUUAUCCCUGAGCUUUAAGUACUGUUUCCGUUGUACAUACUACAGAACUACCAUUAGGCUUCACUUGUGAAUUUGACCAUGUCAAUUUCCACAGGUUUUGUAUGUUUUUUUUUGUGUGUGUUUUUUUUAAGAUGAUGCAUUGUUUUAUGGUUUCUUUAUUCAGCUUACAACACUGUCCCCUUGCUCUCUGACUAUUGCUCCUGUAUUCUCCCUCUUGUCGUUCGUUGCUGCUGAUGGUUUUGCCCACAAAGCCAGUCAUUGCUGGCCCUGCUGCCAUGGCAACCAGGAAAUACUCACAGCCGCCAGAGAUGUGUGUGUGAGAGAGAGAGAGAGAUAGCAGCGGGAGAGUCCAGAGCUGUGAGAGACCACCACACAGAACACAACAACAGAAGGGGGUCUCACCUUCUAAUUCAAACAUUUCGACACUCUUCUAGCCUUCUAAGGUUUGAGUGUAUGAGAGGUGGUGUGUUAGACCCCGAGCAGAUGGGGACAAAGACAGCAUCUGGUGAAAUGGCUUCUAGUGGGUCAGCAACUCCUGCCUCCGGUCAAGAGCGUGAUGGUCUACAUGAACGGUGACUCCUACUCUGGCAGGAGGUUCGUGGUCAACCAUCGACAGGUGGCCACCAUGGAGGCAUUCCUCAAUGACGUGACCCACUGCAUCCAGGCUCCACUAGCCGUGAGGACCCUGUACACCCCCGUCAGGGUCAGGGAGCUGCAUGACCUCCAGACCGGGGCCAAAAUUUACCCUGGAAUUAGAAGGCUGUCAAGGAGAUAUGAGGGCAGGAAGGCAGCCAGGGGCCCUGAGGACAGAUACAGGGACUCUGCUCUCCUGGACUCUCCAGAGUCGGACGGAGGGUGAAGUCAACGGGGGAUGAAGUAGGGAAGACGACACUCCCAGCCAUCCAAAGGUGACCAAAGAAGGAGGUGAGCGCUAUCUUCUACGCCAGACCAGUGAGGAACAGAGCCCAACCUAGGCCUCUGCCAAGGAGUGGACCAGUCCAGGCCAGUGUGUUCAAAGGAUGUGUACGGAGGAGGAGAGAGGAGGUGCAGGGGGCCGAGGAGGUGCUGGAAGAUGAGAACACAGCAGUAGAUCUCCCUGUUGACCAGGUAUACCUCUUUUCUCUCCUCCACUCUAUUGUCCUCCUUACCCAAAGUCCUCCGUUCCAGGACAGCAACCACCCGCUCCACUCCGCGUUCCAACUUCUAACCCUCAGGUUCCAGAUGCAAACCAGACUAAAAAGCAACUGAUACAAGCACUCCUUUGUACCCACCGGCUAAAACAUGUUAAACACUUGGCCCAAGUAGGGAUAGGGAAUGAAAUGGUGCAGUAUCUGAUUUUCGCAUGCAUUCUAUUGCCUGAAGAAGAAAAUAAAUCUAUGUACUAUCUGUUUUUUUAACAUGUUACCCCUGCCUGCAACCAAAUUUCCCUCUGGGGAUUAAGUUUGAGCUGUUAUUUCUUCCCUUAAGCAGUGUAAUUGGACCAUCUUUCACUUCUCUCCUUGAAAUGAUGUAUGAGGUAUAUUAUACUGAUAAAAUAUAUAAAUGCAACAUGUAAAGUGUUGGUCCCAUGUUUCAUGAG